UAGACCACUGCUGUUUGCAGAACAUUUGUUAUGCCUUCAAGGAUGUGUCUCAAUCCAAUCCACAAUAAGAAAGGGAUUCUUCAUCGGUCCAGCAAUUCAACCUCCGAGGAAAGGUGGGGAGAUAGUUCGUGUGCUAUGGAUUCUUUGUAUGAUGUGGAUCUCAUCUCUGACACUGUACCUGUAAUUUUGGACAACUCCGAAAUGUGGCAUCAUGUCCUGGCAACAAGCAUGAAAUUAGGUUCUAGAGGGGUUGCCCACGUUGAAGGAGUUAGCAGGACUGAUCUCAAAGAAAAAAGUUUGUACUCAAACAUUUUGCUUAUCAAUCGAACUGCAAGCCCACUUUCUUGGUUUGCAGAAUGCAAGGAUAGGAAAAAUCACAGCUCCAUUCUUCUGCCGUAUUGGUUUCUUCCUUCAAUGGCUGCGGAAAAACUACGGCAUGCAGCAGAAAAGAUCAAGGCGCUGCUUGGUGAUUAUGAUGCUAUGCAUGUUCGGAGAGGUGAUGUUCUGAAGACAAGGAAGGACAGGUUUGGGGUUGAUCGAAGUUUGCACCCUCAUUUGGACAGGGAUACACGUCCAGAGUUCAUUCUUUGCAGAAUAGCAAAAUGGGUCCGGCAUGGGCGAACCCUUUUUAUUGCUUCUAAUGAGAGGACACCAGGCUUCUUUUCUCCUCUGGCUGUGAGGUACAAGCUGGCCUAUUCAUCAAAUUACAGCAGCAUUUUGGAUCCAUUGAUUGAGAACAAUUACCAGCUCUUCAUGAUAGAAAGGCUUAUUAUGAUGGGAGCAAAAACAUUUAUUAAAACAAUGAAAGAAGAUGAUACUGAUCUCAGCCUCAGCGAUGAUCCUAAAAAGAAUACCAAGAAAUGGGAAAUACCUGUUUAUACAAGAGACAAUGAAGAAUGUUAGCUCUCAGAUGCUUAAUUGGAUUCUUUUGAGCAUGAUCAUUUUAUACUUUACACUUUUCACUCAAUUUUUGUUGUGAAUAUCAGAGUUGUUAGGUACUACUUGAGAGAAUAGCCUGUUUCUACAUGUUGUAAAUUAUCAUAUUGACUUCUGUGGAAUCAAUUGCAAAUAUGCAAAGUAUUGUUCGAGUCAUUCUUUG